UUCCAAAUAUGGUGUUAGUCUGCCAUGUGGUCUGUCCCCACCCCUUACUGUUUGCUGCAACGAGGUCCUUCUCAGCAGAAGGGUCCAACGUAAAGCGGAGCUUUUUUUUUUUUUUUUGCAGAUCUGUAAACACCAUGGAUAGUACUCGCUCAGUUCAGACGUCGUUUUCAUCGUCCCUGCGGGUAGUGGAAGUAGACAGCGUGGUAAAUGCAUCUCCUCUAGUCUUUGUGUAACUGAAGGGCGUGUUUCUGUACCACUAUUCUACAAAGGAACUGUUUCUAUCUCAGGCUGUUCAUCAGAUUGCAGUCUGCAGAGAUCCCAAGUGGCUGGAAUGGAGGAGGAGGAGGCCCAGUGCUUCCUGAAGAAGCUUGUGGAGGAAUUCCCUGCUGCUCUGAAAGAAGACGCUCCUCUGCCGGUCAGCUCCCUGAGUCGGAGAGUCUCACUGGAGGAGCUGCAAGGAGAGAACCUGGAGCUGGGCCAGAGGCUGCUGGCUGCUCGGGGAGCUCCCUCAGGCCUCAGGGUCCUCCUCUGCCAAGCAGCGGUCACCCAGCUUCUGAAGGACGACCUGUCUCCGUUUCACUGUCCACCGGAAGCUCAGGCAUACCUGGAAGAUGAGGAAAAAGUUGUCUUGCUCGAGUCGGAAGCAGUCCAGCGGCUCUUCCUGAACCAUCUGAUAGGUGUAGCACUCAGAUGGAACCAGGAGCUCCCUUCCUCCCUGCCUCCUCCCAGCUUUCAGUGUUCUGUUCAUGCUAUCAAGAACACAAGGAGGAAGAUGGAGGACAAGCAUGUGGCGCUGACUGAAUUCAACCAGCUCUUUGGCAUUCAGGAUGGAGUAGAGCGGGCCUACUACGCUGUGUUCGACGGUCACGGGGGAGUGGAUGCUGCCAUUUACGCUGCCACUCAUCUCCAUGUUACUCUGAGCAAACAGGAGACACUGCAGAGUAACACCAGCAUGGCUUUUAAAACUGCCUUCAAGAAAACAGACAACAUGUUCAGACACAAAGCCAAGAGAGAGCGUCUGCGGAGUGGGAGCACAGGAGUGGCCGUGCUGAUUCAUGGCCAGCAGUUGACCGUGGCUUGGCUCGGAGACUCUCAGGCAAUGUUGGUUAGAAAAGGACAGGUUGUCACACUCAUGGACCCCCACAAACCAGAGAGAGAGGAUGAAAAACAGAGAAUAGAAGAUCUUGGGGGUUGUAUCACCUUCAUGGGUUGCUGGCGAGUUAAUGGCACCUAUGCUGUCUCCAGAGCCAUUGGCGACUUCGACCAGAAGCCGUAUGUGUCUGGGGACGCUGAUUCUUCAACCAUCCAGCUGUCAGGGGACGAGGACUAUGUGCUGCUGGCGUGUGAUGGCUUCUUUGAUGCCAUCAAACCUUCCGAGGUCCCAGAUCUGGUUGCUGAGGCGCUCCGGGGUGCUGAUGACUCUGAGACUGGAGGGAGUCUUCCACCAGAACACGCUGAAGAUGGAGUGGGACACAGAGUUGCUGAGAGAUUGGUAGGUGAUGCCAAGGCGGCAGGGUCCAGCGAUAACAUCACAGUGAUGGUGGUGUUCCUGCGUCCGCCUGGCCAGCUGCUGGCUAACUCAUAAACCCAGCUGCAUCCAGAGGAAAGGAACCAUGCAGCUCGCCUCAGGACACACUCAGCCCUCUACAGGCAGCCAGACUAACCCAGAAUCCUCACAUCUGACAUAUCCACAGCUAAUAUCUGUGCUAGACUGGCACAUGACUUGGCUUUUUACUCAAGAAAUCAUGCAAAUUCAAUGUUAUAUGAACUUAUGUGCACUCUAAGUGGAAAUUAUUGUUGAUAUCAAAAUAUACACAGUCCUGUGGAAUUGACAGUGUUUUACAUUUACAUCAACACAUAUAUAAAAAAUAAUGAUAACUGUUUCCACCACUAUUAGACAUACAUACUGUACAAUUCAAUGGUAAACAUGCAUCAGUUAGUGGAGAAAUCUUCAGUAGCUUGGUUGUAAGUGUGCACCUUGUUAAACUAAAUGUUUGUUUUGUGCACUUUUUGAUCCACCAAACACUGAUGAACCUGAUGCAGCUCAGCUGUCCUAGCAGGAGUGUCCUGACAUUUGCGUCAUUUACCUGAAGCUCCCUACUGGAGCUGUAUGUUGUGACUUCAGCUGUCUUUUGAAUUUUCCAUGGACAGAGAGCAUCACCAAAAGAACACCAGUGAAGCAUGGAGGUGGCAGCAUCAUACUGUGGGGCUGCUUUUCUUUAGAUGGCAGAGGGAUUUUUGAAAAGGUGACUGAUCAAGUUAGCAGUCAACCUUUACCCAAAAACUUCAGGUCUCUGCUGCCAAGAUUUCCCGCUGUGAGUCCAAGAUCCAGAUCAACUGAAGUGUAAACUAUCAGACACAGAACGUUUUGGAUCUGACGGAGUUCAGAUCCAGGCUGUCAGGGUAAAUACUGCUAAGUGAAGAUGUGGCUGCUGUAGAGACUCCUACUGCAGACUGGAUGAUGCGGUAGGAGUCGUCCUACCGCAUCAUCUGUUGGAUUAAAAGAAUUAGGUCAGCGUGUGUCCACUUAUGUUAGGUUAUUUGUCCUUUUUUAAGUUUUAUAUUCCCCCCACUCCCAUCCCUGUCCCCACCAAAAUAACAUUUGCAUUAUAGAGGCCUUAUGUCACAUUGAAGAUGUAAAAGGUUUUGAAACAAUUUAUCAUGGUUUCAUUUUGAUAUUUUAACUUUUUAACAGGAGCGUAUAAACUUUUGAGAGUCACAGUUGUUAACUUUGCCGGGUGAUGUGUGUAUUGUGUGUUGUAUAUAGGGAUAUUGGUGCUAAUAGUCCCAUAAAUCAAACCCAGAUAAUUAAAAGCCAUCCCAGCCUGAAAGAUGGACUGGUCAUCAGGUUGUCGCUGGACAACACAGACAAAGAAACAUACACACAUUCCCAUGCAAGCACACACACACACACACACACACACACACACCCCCACACCCCCACCCACCCACCUGAGGAAAGUUGAGAGUGUUUUGUGUUUAGACAUUGGGAGGAACCUGGAGUACCCAGUGAGAACAUGUAUGCACAGGGAGACCAUGCCGACCCACUGCAGACAGGUCAGUAGGGACCAACACACUCCCAACUUAACUGUCAGGGUCUGUCCCGAUGGCCGCGUCCCGCCUGCUGCCUGCCGACUGGGCUGUCAGGGUCCAACUAGGCUUUUAGGGACAGACUCCGUCUUCAGGGUCCAACUCGCCGCUGGGACCCAACUCCACCUUCAGAGUCCGACUCCUUCAUUGACUCGGCCGUCCGGUCCUGACUCGGCCUAGAGGUUCCAAACUAACUGGGCCAAAGAAACCGCUUUGGCCUGGUUGGUUCUGGAUGCAGAGUCUGCUGGUGUUAACCAGCCCCCUGCUGGAGUCCUUCAGGUCCUUACCUGAUCUGUUCUGAUCUGAUCUGCUCUGACCAGAUCUGGUGAUGAUAUGACCAGUACCUGUUGGCAGACCCAAGUGCCAACAGGUACUUAAUAUCUGUACCUGUUGGCUAACUACCCGUUGGCAUAGAAAUGUUGCUAACAUAUCUGUUACUAACAGUGCUGCUUCCUGUCUGACUCCAGUGAGUCAGACAGGAAGCAGCACUGACCUCUGAAUGUCCUGUGGACUCUCACUGGAGGCGCUGAGCGGUCCAGCUCACACACAUCUCACUCUCUUCAGGGACUUUCCAAACAGGAAGUCCCAUUUGUUCAGUCUGAGCAUGUCAGAGGAUGCAUGCAUGUGUGUGUCCAUGUGAUUUCUCUUUAAGAAAUGUGAUGCCAGCAGCUAAUGGUUGGUCCAAAGCCAACAUGCUUAGGCUUGAUCAGUAUUUCAGUUUGCUGCUGUUUGCAAAACUGGCAGAAUUAGCAGAGACUUCCUGCUUUGACAGGCCCACACAGGCAUGUUGGGCCUGCAGCCACACUUAUAUACAACACAUAAACAUUUAACCUACAUAACCCUCAGCCAACUUUAUCAGAUUUAAUAUAUUGAUUUAUUUAGAGGAGGUUAAGUUACAGUUUAGAAAGUUUUAUUUUACCAAGGCUUAGUUAUACUGUGGUGGUGAGACUGUUACAUUUUUAAUCUGAAUGCUUUUCAGACUUCAUCUACUUAAUCUUUUCUGUUGGUGUUGUCAGUGUUGAGGGCUACUUCUUGAUGGAUUUGUAUGUUUUGGAGGUGAAUAAACUAAAAGUCUCAUGUGCCACAUAGAUCAGUUGGAACCUCUUUCAGAUCAGAGUUGCUAGAUUACAGAUUGAAAUUAUGACCUGAAAGGGGCUACAGUUGUGAGGAAUGCUCAACUUUUUUAACCAUCGUGUAAAAGAUGGCCAGACUCCAAACUGUGUUCUGAGACAAAGUAUUAAAUGCGUCUUUUAUCUACUAAGAAAAUGCUGAUGUUAAGCAUGUUGGAUUGUGUACUGAUUCUCAUUCUGUUGGUAUUCUAAUCUAAUAUUUACUCCUGUUUGAUGAUUCUUUUAUAAAAAAAUGAAUGAUUUUUAGAAAUGGUUCUGAACCAUAUCCAACUGGAUGUGAUGUCAGAAUCUCAUUGUACUCUCUUACACUGUGGAUUACUGACAUGGUUGGCUUUGCAGUUUUGUAUUCACUAAUGACUAAAUAAAAGACUCCAAACAAGACA